AUGGAACGAACACAACCUUCCCAUCAACUUGUUCUAGCAGCAUUCCAUGGCACCACACAGGCGAGUGCAGACAGCAUUGAUGCCAUAUGUUGCCAGUGUUCUGUCGCUCUCCACAACAAGAAAUUCGCCAAACAGAAGGAAUUGCCGAUCUCUCACCUCACCAUGGAAAUGCAAAAUACAGUGGAUGGCGGCUGUGGAAGAAUAGAAGCAUCAGCAGUAGUUGACUCGACUUUUUGUGUAGCUGACAGACACCAUGAACCCUAUGAAGGUUUUGCAACUCGCAUUUUAUCAUCCCGUAAGUCAGAGCGUGAUGGAUCAAUUAUAUCACGCGGAUUAGGAUGUAGAGGGAUUCCUGAUAAUCAUAGGUCAGAUACCGUUCUCAAUGAAAAGGGUGAAAAAAGACGGGAAAGCUGUACAGCAAUGAUUGUAGUUAAGAGAGACAAGCCAGGGACGUGGAUUGUUAGGAAAUUUGUAAGGGACCAUAAUCAUCCCUUGGUGGUUUCACUGUCUAAGAAGCGUCCAACGUUUGAUGAGAAAGAUAAGAAGAUUCAAGAACUAACUGCAGAACUCCGAGUGAAGAAACGGUUAAGUGCAGCAUAUCGAGAUCAGCUACUUACUCUCAUGAAAGACACCACAUCCAACCACGCUCGUAGGAGAUGGCGGGAAGCUGUUGUGUCAAUGAACAGGAGUUUGUCGACGGGGUUGCCAUAUCAAAGCACCACAUUGAGUCACAUGGGAAGUUUUUGGAUGCGGCUCCUUUCUUUAGCAACUCUUAGCCCGGAAUUCACAGCUACUGUUAGCCUUGCAUUUUCUAGUUAG